AUGAAGGAGGGGCUUUGGAGCAGCUGCUGUGGGAGGCGAGGCAUAAGGUGGCUCCCCGCUGCCCGGCGCCCCGCGGCUCCCGGGGACACACCAGGCAGCCAAUGGCUGCGCAGAGGUGUACAGCAGAUGGCGUCCGACUGCGCCGUUCCUUCCUCCUCCUCCUCCUCCUCUUCCUCCUGCUUCAGUGCUGAGCAGCCAGAGUCGCCGCCGGGUUGCCAGACGCUGGAAUGGGUGGUCUCCCGACACACACCACCAUCUUUCUCACACAGGGGAAGCUCGGGGUUCAGCGGCUCCCAGAGGCUGCAGCUGCGGCUCGGGCGAGGCUGGACUAGGCAAGUGAAGUCGCUGAAAAAAAUCUGAAGAAUGUUUCCAAAGGGUAAUCUGGCUGUCACUGAGGAGGUCCUGAGGAGCAUGAGGAAGCUCUUUCUAAUACUUUCUCUCCUGGUGUCUCAAGCUGCUCAUUUGGAAGGCAGAAAGGACAGUCAGUUUAUCUGGAAAACAGGUAGGAAUAUCCUCACUGUUCUUUUUUCCCGUUUUCAUGAAUAAGAAUAUUCCUUGUACCUUUGUUAUUGUUUGUGGAGUAGUGGGAAAUACCC